AAAGCUUUAAAAUUUAUAUUUCCUAUCGGCGAAUUUUCGUUAAAGUUUAGCAGUGAAGUAAAACCGAAUCUCUUUGCGGAAUCUCCAUACGGAAAGAUAGUACCAGUCGCUCGCGUUGCUGAAAACCAAUAUCAGGUUAAUUGGAUUGAAGACGUGAAGAGGAGUUCCAAUGGUAGUGCAGUGGUACGUUUGUUCGAGGAGGAGGGUUAUUCUACCUUGCAUAAAGUUCAGAGAGAUAGAGCCAAAGCAUCCAACGUUAAAUCCAUAACUGAUGUUACUGUUACUACUGAAGGUGCUUACAAGAGACCUUGGAUAAAAGCUGAAUUAAAAAGACAAGUGAAAGUUGAAAUCAUUACGCUUUCGCCACAGGACGUAAUUUGAAUGAAAUUCAUUCAAGGCAGGGUUAAAUUUUUUAAUAAUUCCUUGUGGCUUUUCAUUUCCAAA